AUGGCAUCGCCAGGCCAAUCCCAAGCAGCACCCUCAACGCAACCCCUCACACCCCCCGCCGAACCCCAAUCCAACAAUGUCGCAGCCGCAGCCUCCGCGCUCUCACAACAGCAACCCACACAGUCAUCCACUACCGCCGCACCACCACCAACAACACCAGCCCCAGCCUCCCAACCCGCACAAAUCCCAUCCACAUCGCUAAAAGACUCCGGUAAAUCGCGGCGCCCGCGCGAUGUCCGCCUAAUCCACAUGGUCCUCGCCUCGCAAGGCAUAACAGCCUACCAAGAGCGCGUGCCCCUGCAACUCCUCGACUUCGCAUACCGAUACACCUCGGGCGUCCUGCAAGACGCUGUGCAUCUCACGACGGAAGGAUAUGCGGGGCUAGGCUCCGACGGUGGAGGGGGAAGUUCAAACCGCGGCCCGCCCGAGGCCAAUUCCAUGACGCUGCCGUCACUGCGGCUGAGUAUUGCGUCGCGUCUGCAUUACCAGUUCCAGACGGGGCUGCCGAAGGAGUUUCUUAUGGAUGUUGCUGGUGAGAGGAAUCGCGUUGCGUUGCCGGGUGCGACGAGGGGGUUUGAACAGGGGAAUGCGAAGCCUGCGUCUAGUAACAGUGUGCUUAUGGCGGGUAUGAGACUGCCGCCGGAGAGGUUCUGCUUGACGGGGACUGGGUGGAAGAUGAGUGAUGAGUGGGAGAGUGAAGGGGAAGAGGAGGUUCCUACUGAGGAGGAGAAGGGUGAUGUUAUGGCUGGGGCUGGCGACGGGGAAGAAGGGGAGGGAGAUGGAGAAGAGGAGGAUGGGAAGAUGGAGGAUAUCUUCGGGGAAGAUACGGCUAUGGGAGAUGGAGGUGGGGAGGACGAAGAUAAGGACAUGACGGAUGUUUAA